CGCUGUCCGCGGUGCUGAGCCCAGACCUCUGCGAGGCAGGGAGAUGCUCAGCUCACUCGCGAUCCUCGGAGACACCAACUAACCGACAAACACAGGAGCGUGAUGUCGAUCACAUGGAUGACGCUGAAAAGCUGAGUGCCAUGCUGAGACUGGCUUCCAGCCCGCUGCGGAGCAAAGAUGAUGAGGAGGAGCAGGAGGAAGAGCGAGGGGAGGACAAGAGUGAAGAGCUGCUCCAGGCUGUGCUCAGCACCCUCCAGCAAACAGAGCAGGCCUCCAGGCCCCUCCGUCCCGUCACAAAGGAAACAAGUCCUGGUCUGUUUCCCAGGGUGCAACAGAAGCAGCGCAUCAUUGUGCCUCACAAGAAGCUACCUCUGAUGUUCGAAGAUGAGGAGGAGGACAGAGAGGGGCCCAGGAGUGAAAGCCUCCUGAAGCGCACCAAUGAGAACGUGGAGGAGAAGUACACGCCUCAGAACCUGGCCACGCUGCAGUCCAUGUUCGACGAGCUGGACAAGCUGACCGGCACCAAGAUCCUCCAUAAGCGCCAAGAUGAGGAAGAUGAUGUGGGGGACAACGAUGUGGAGGAGGGUGAAGAUGUGUUCAGUUUGAGGAAUGCAGAAUAUGAUGACCUUGAUGGGGACCUUGAAGACUGGAGUCCUCUAGAAGAGCAGGAGGAGGAGCAGGAGGAGGAAGGAGACGGCAAACAGGAGUUUGAUCGAGGUCUUGAUUAUAUCAACGACGAUGAUGAAGAACCUGAUGAAGAUGAUGAAAGCUAUCCAGUUAAAAGGUCAAGCAAUCCAGAUGACAUGGCCAAUCUGGUGGACUAUUAUCUCCUGAAGGUCCUGGAGAAAACUGAGGAGGAGCAGAAGCGAGAGAUUGAAGAGGAAGAGGAGAGGGCUGAGAGGAGGGUGUCUCAGACUGGAGACAUGGACCCCCGGCUCAUCUUCCAGCUCAUCGUCCUCUCCCACAAAUACCACAUCCCCCCUGCAGACCUGAUGGAGCUGCUCAAACCUGGAGCCAGGGCGAGUCAAGACCUUCUGCCAAAGAACAAUGGACUGUCCAGAGCUGAGGGCAGGUUGUCUCAGCUGUCCUCCAGGAAGACACUGAAGACCCCUGAACCCAAGUUCUACAGCAGACCUUACGAACAGAAGAGCCCAGAGCAGCUGAGAAGACAAGAGAUCCUUAAAGUCCUGGGUCUGGAAGGAGCCGAGGCUCCAGGUCCCAGCAGGGGUCAGAGGCAGCAAAAGAGCUCCCUGUCACCACUUCACACUUCUCCUGCCGGGCACAUGGGACAAGCCACGCCCACACAGAGGCGCCUCCCCAACGCCUUCAGAGACGACUAUGACGACACCGUGGACGAGGACCAGCUCGCAGCUUACUUAGCAGCCCAGAUGUUGGCGCGGUAUCCCAAACCUGCGCUCAGCAAUGACAAGAAGGCGACCCAGAAGAGGGGCGGUGUCGAGCAGAGCGCGACGGGCUCCUUUGAGAAGGCGCUGGAGGAGUUCUUUGAUGUGAUGGACGCAGAGAAGAUGCCGGAGAGACAGUCCAAAGAUGACGACACGGGCGAGGAGACGCGAACGCAAGGCUCGGAGAAGCAGGCUGCGAUGAAGGUGCUGAGCUACCUGGACCCAGAAACAGAAGAGUGAAGCCAGAGCCGACAAAUGAAUAUAACUAUGUACAAAUAUAUAAAUAUAUACUGUUUUAGUGGAGGGGGAGGGUCAACAAAGUAUUUUGAAGAAAGAACACAGUCAUUCUGUAGUUUUACAAAAAUAUGAUUUAUUAGGAAAAAAUGAGUGUUCACGUUUUUGUUUUUCUGAAAAAGUUGAGCACGUCACACAAACACACACACACACACACACACACACAAACACACACACACAGUUCAAACCAGUGUUAAAUCUUCAGGUGUGUUUUUUGUAAAUAUUUCUUAAAUGUGAUCAUAUG